CUUCCCUCUUCUUCAACUUUUGAGCUUUGAAUUUCAAAGGACAGACAAACAUCUCUCUCUCUCUCUCUCUCUUCAAAACUGCGAAUAUUGGUCAAAAGGAGAACAUUUUCUUCUCAAAUCUUGCACUAUUGCUUGAAAAUUCGAAGUAGGUCUUUGUUGCUUUUCUGUUUUAAGAGUAUCCUGUGGCUUUUUCUUGUCUUGAACUUUCUGUAUCCCAGCCACUUUUGAUUCAAAAAGGUUGCUGUUUGAUCCUAAAGGUGAACUGUGAAGUGGGUUUUCUUUGUUUCAUUCUAUAAGCCCCCAAAAAGGCCUUGGAUUUAACACUGCUAUGAUGGCUUGUUCAAUGAAGAGUUGUUUAUACUGUUUGAAUGGGACUAUUGUUGGCUCAAAAUCCAGAGGGUUUUGUCCCUCUCUUGUCUCCGUACAACGUAGGGACUCAAAAUCAAGAGCUUUACCUAUGCUAGGUGUUGAGUUUAUGGGAAAACCCCUCCCUGUUUCAGAUCUAAAGGGUUUAGGAGGUUGGAGUCUUAAAUCACCAAGAAAUAUCUCCCCUCCUCAUGCACAAGCAUCAAUCUGUGUAAGCCGAAGUUUGAGAUGGUGGGAGAAGACUCUUAAACCCAACAUGGUGGAGAUUCAUUCGGCUAAUGAACUUGUGGAUUCCUUGCUUAAUGCUGGUGAUAGAUUGGUUAUAGUUGACUUCUAUUCACCUUUUUGUGGAGGUUGCAAAACUCUGCAUCCUAAGAUUUGUCAGCUUGCUGAAUUGAACCCAAAUGCAAUUAUUCUUAAAGUUAACCAUGAUGAGCUCAAAGCUAUGUGUUACAGUCUACGAAUUCACGUCCUACCAUUCUUUAGGUUCUACAGGGGUGCAGAGGGUCGUCUAUGUAGUUUCAGCUGCACCAACGCUACUAUCAAGAAAUUCAAAGAUGCUUUGGCAAAGUAUGGGACUGAAAGAUGUAGUCUUGGCCCGGCAAAAGGUCUAGAUGAAUCUGAGCUAAUGAAUUUAGCAUCAAUUGGUCAAAUUUCAAAAGGGUUUUCAUUGCCAUCCACCAAGGAAGAAAGUAUGAAGGAUUUGGUUAUGAAAAGCAUAGAUUUGUCUGGUGUUCUAAGCAAAGCAGGCAAUAAGAUGGAACUCAAGAAGGAGAUGCUUUGUUGAAGAAAUCAAAUAUAAAGGUUAUUAUAGAGAUUAGCUAUGGAGUAAAGCAACUCCAUAUUUUUGAGAGUGUUGCAUAUUGCUUUUUAGUUGUACAUAUAUUGUUGGGUUUUCCUUAAGCGGGCUUCUGGUUUUUUUAGUUGAGCCCUGCCGGUUUUGGUUAAUCUGUAAGUCGGAUUUGAUAUUGUGAUCUGCUGUAGAAGUUUAUACAGAUCCACCAUGAUUCAUAUUUUGUCUGAUUUUUGGUAAUAUAAUUUUGUAUGUCUUUUAAUUAAGGCAACUUAUUCUUAAA